UGCCGUCACACAGAGGUUCUCUUUAUUGAAUACAAUACUUCGGUUUGGGGUGAAUGAUCAAAGCGAGUUUCCCAUUUUCUGUGGAUUAUUGAUAGGAUUGUAUUAGAAAUCUGUGAGUCGAAUUCAUGCUUUUACCGUAGUGGGAAGCAUUAUUCUAUAGUGUAGCAUUGGAGGAGUAAUUUCAUACAGCCGUAAAAUUGGAGAAUUUGGUGUUCUCGGUGCGAUUAUUUUCAAAGUUAUAUUACAGAGGGUGAGACGCAGUCGAUCGAUUUUUCACCACUUCAUAUACACUAUACUAACGGUGUAAAUCGCGACAAAAGCAUUCCUCCGCCGGAAGUACAGUGCAACAGACGAACAUUCAAGGUGCUCAUCCCCAUCUCGCUGUAUACAAAAGAGCCACAAAGCGCGCCACCGCUGACGACCCGAGUGGGGUGGAAUAUUCAUCCUCCUCGUGAAGCACUACUUCCUUGCAGCACGCGCUUGUUCAUCGCCGACGUGUUGGGGUUCGCUUUUUGCCUCAGUCGCAAGCGGCUGCUCGUCGGCAGCGGAAGUCUUCGAUCAAGCGAACAAACUAAACGGCCUCAAGAUAGGUCAACCCAACAGCACUCGGUACAACGAAGACGGAACCUUCAAGAUGACAGAGGGCGAAAUUGUGGUGAAGAAGGUUCUUGGCCAUGUGCCGAAAGGAAGUGUUCCACGGGAGAAACCGAUGGACUCGAAUGUGGUUUAUCGUCUGACGCGGGAUGAUAUCUCCGGUGGACCGGUCAAUCUGGACGAGAUAGAACCGGGGCUGUGGCUAGGUAACGUCACCGCAGCGGCUGAUUUACCCACGCUGGAGAAACUCGCGAUACGGAGUGUGCUCACAAUUGAUUCGUGCCCGCUGCCAACCCAUAUUACGGAGAAUCCAAGCCUUAGGACGAAAUACAUUCAAGCUUCCGAUGUGCCAAGAGAAGAUUUAAUCAGACAUUUUGAGGAUACGAACAAAUUCAUUAGAGAAAGCCUCGCAGAGGAAAGGAACGUUCUCGUGCACUGCUAUUUUGGUGUCAGUCGUAGUGCCACCAUUGUGAUUGCGUAUCUGAUGGACAAAUACAAGCUGGGCUACGAGGCCGCUCUGCACCGUGUGAAGUCCAAACGGCGAUUCGUGAUGCCUAAUCCGGGUUUCAUCAAUCAGCUCAAACUGUUCGGCAUUAUGAACUACCGAAUCGAUCCGCUGAAUGAGAAGUAUAAAUUGUUUCGCUUGAAGCUGGCGGCGGACAAUGUGCGGAAAGCGAAACGCCUUCCGGUAAACUGCAUGGAUGUUGUGAAGCCUGAUCCGGCCGUUACGCAAGAAACACCCGAACCAAUUGUUUAUCGCUGCCGUAAGUGUCGCCGAGUAGUGGCUACUAAGAGUAAUCUCCUAACGCACAAGCCUAAACCGCCGGGCCAAUCUCCCGCCAAGUACGAAUCGUUCGGUGAUCUGGCAUGUGGGGGCAUCGACAGCGCGGACGAACGGGAUGAGAUCGAGGCUUUAGAUGAGAAAAAAUUCCCUACAGAUGCGCCCGCCGACAGUGAAGCAACGGUGGGCCCCACGAGAGACGUGGAGUCGAGCACGAAUGUGGCCUCCGGCAAGGAAUCUUUGUCCUACAUUACCGAACAGAUGAGACGGAAUUCGAUCGGGAGUGACCACAGCAAUCGUUCGUCCGAAAAAGAUGGGGUGUGUAGUAAAAUAUACUUCACGGAGCCACUCGCAUGGAUGACGGACAUUUUCCACAAUACGCAGGGUCGGUUGUACUGUCCCAAGUGUACCGUGAAAUUGGGGAGCUUCAAUUGGGUGAUGGCCACGAAAUGUCCGUGUGGAGCGGAGAUUUAUCCAGCAUUUUACCUUGUGCCAUCAAAAACCGAAUAUUCAACCGCCGUACAGAAUGUGCAAGUUACGGUGUAAUUUGCAGAGAAGAAUCAGAGCAACAACAAAAAUCCUUUUUCGAAUUUACAUCUACACACAGAGAAACGAUGUCUAGGAGAAAGGUUUUACAGUGGAAAUUGAUGAUAAUAAUUCUCAUGAAACAUAUGUCACUAGUAGCUAACUUACUCUUCCUGUUGGAUUGAUUGCUUGGUCACAUUGACCGCAUUACUAUGGUAGAACAUUAUGAACAUAUAUACAGUAUACAGUCGAAUUGCUAUUUAUGAACCCAAAGGAUUAACAAACCAGUGAAUGCCGCUGAUAAAACAGCUGUAACCACAGGAGAAUACCCAGCCUGAAACGAAGUGAGAGAUUCUAUAAAUAGAAGGUCCAAUAGAUUGUUGAGAUGUAUUCAUCUCCAGCGCCCUUAUUUAUAUAACACGCGAAUGAGCAAAAAAGGAAGGUAAGGCGGCAGAUAAAGAUCGAUUGUAUAUUUUCGAACAAGACCGCAUCGUCGCAUUCAUUGCUUAAAGCGCUACAACCUGGUUCUUCAUUUGGGAGAAACAGAAAGAGAUGUGGUGGUCGUUGUAGUUGAUACUUGGAGCUGAUUCCAUUCAAAUUUAGUCGUUCUCAUUUCCAAAGUCGAUAUAUUUAUAAUCAUCGUUGUUGUCUUUACCAACAAAUCUUCAAACAACUUAGGCGUGGUUACACAAAUCACGUAACGCUAAAAAUGCGGAUUUUGGAUCAACAACCCCUCUCCCCACGCAACAAAUAAGUAACGCAAGACAAACCCCCCUCCCCCUUCAGCAACGUUACGACAACAUAAUCUGUGCAAAAAGUCAAAGUUGUUUGGAAACUUUUCAUAAUUAUUUUAGCUUUUAAUAAGUAUUGAAAAUAUCAGCGUAAAAAAAUCAGACGUCUGCCCAGGUCAGAAUAAAAUGUUUUUAAAUCGAUAUUAUUGGAAACUAGCUGACCCGGCAAACUUCAUCCCGCCCAAAAUGGAUUUUUUGUUUUCAAUAUUUUUAAACAAUCACGUCUUCUUACUAAGCGAACGUUCAUGGGUCCAAUCGCAGAACUAUUCAUUGAUUGAUCUUCUAAUUGACCCUUCACAAUUUCCUCUUACUAUGAAUUUCCUAGUACUUCUAACAAAUCCCGUCGUUAUAAUAUAAUUUUUUUUCAUACACAAUUCUCGUUCAAGAUUUGAAAAACCAUUUUUUUAACAGUUUGACAAUUGUCGACAUAGAGUUUCUCAUGUCGACAUACGUUUUAUAACGUUUUAUCCUAGGACUAACCGUUCUCGAGAUAUAACACCUUUAACUCGUUAAGCCCCGAUUUUUUCUUGCUGAGCUUUCCAUUCAGCGCGCAUCAAGAGCGUUUGCCCAAUAUCAGUGUCGGCCCCAGUUCCCAAAUAUACUUACGAGGGCACUCCGAUAAGUACUUAGCCUACAAAAAAACAGGAAGUGGGUUAUAUCUAUGGUAUAACCGCAAGGGUGACGUAGGACUAUCGUUGAUUUAGAGAUCAUUUGUUUGAAGUUGAAUCUGAAUUCAUUCUGAAUGAAUGAAUAUUUGGGGAACUUCGAAAACGAGAGCGUUACGUUGUAGGCCCAAGGUUUUAUGCAUCCAAUAUUGGAUACGGAAAUAUCCUACUGAUGGGGAAGAAUAAUCUUCAGAAGCUAUCCUGUUAAUUGCGAUUGAUUGAAAAAUCACAAAACCAAAUAUAUUUGGUCACAGUGUUACAUGGAUAGAAAACAUUAAAAUAAACUCUUUCACAUGAAUGUAUUUUUAAAUUCCCAGAGGAACUGGCAGAUUAUAUUCAGUAACGAUUAGAUAUUUCCACAUUUUCCUCGAUACUGGAAGUCCACCAGUGGUUUAUGCUAACUCGAUAACCACCUGUUAAUAGCACUUGAUUGAAACAUAUUUGGUCAUAUGGAUAGAAAACAUUCAAAUAAACUCUUUUACAUGAAUGUAUUUUUAAAUUCCUAGAGGAACUGGCAGAUUAUUUUCCGGAUCUUUCUCGAUGCUGAAUGGCAUCCAAAUGGAAAGAAUUCCGGGCGUGUAUGUGUGUGUGUGUGUGUAGCGGCUGCUUCGAGAUCUUCCCGGGGAACCGUUUGUGGCAUCACUCUCCUCCUGAUGGAUUCUCUUCUGGCCUAAGGUGCACAAACAGGCUCUUGGUGACACCGUUCAUCCGCGCUUAUGAUAAAUGAAGAGCUUCACCACAACAGCGACAACAUGCUCCAAUCGCUGUUCAAUUAGAACUGAGUGGAUUUCCGAGCGACGCUCGCUUAUAUACCGAUUGGUGAUUUCAAUAGCCUGUUUUGAAAGCAAAUUUAAGACUAUUGAAACAAGUUUUUGGAUCAGAAAGUAACAAGUAUAGAACGCGUAGACAUUUUAUCUUUCGAAUGAAGUGUUUAUCAUACCAUUUCGUUCAGUUGUUUAAGAGCUAUUAACACUCAAAAUCUCGGUCUCCGGCGUAACGCUUUCGUUUUCGAAACUUUGAUUUUACACCCCGGUAUAGAAAUGAAAGACGUAGUCCUACGUCAAAACAAAAAUUUUGGAAGUGGCGAUUUAUUUCUCAAAAUAGUCUCCUUUAGCUUGAUACACUUGACCCAGCUCCAACUUCUUUAAUCCAUCUGAAAAAUACGUUUUCUCGAGGUCUGCAAAGUUAGGUCUCCAUGGCGGCGAUGACCUCCUCAUUCGAUUCCAAUUUCUGCCCGGCGAGUGACUUUUUCAAGUUUGGAAACAAAAAAAAACCUUCGGUGCCAAAUCUGGAGAAUACGGUUAAUGGGGCAGCAUUUCGUAUUGCAAUUCGUAAUGUGAACCGGUGCAUUGUCAUGGUGGAAGAGCACUUUUUUCUUCGCCCAAUGGGGCCGUUUUUUCUGCAAUUCGGCGCCGAAUCGGCCCAAUAGUUCGGCAUAGUAGAGCUCUGUGACCGUUUUGCCCUUCUCCAGGUAGUCGAUGUAAAUCACACCUUGUGAAUCCCAAAAAACGGUGGUCUUCAAUUUUCCGGCCGAUAGGACAGUCUUCGCCUUCUUCGGAGCACGUUCGCCGGAUAAAGUCCACUGUUUCGACUGUUCCUUGGUCUCUGGUGUGUACCAGUGGAUUCAUGUUUCGUCGAUGGCCACGCACUCCGUCGGAUUGUGCUAAAACAACGUCAAACACUGCUCUGAAGUGAUCUUACGGUUGCGCUUGUUGACCGGAGUGAGCAAACGCGGCACCCAUCGCGCGGACAGUUUUCUUAUGCCUAAAUUUUCAUGCAGCAUAUGACCCACGCGGUCUUUUGAGAUGUCUACUUUUUCAGCUAUCUCGCGCACCUUCAAUCGGCGGUCUGUCAAUACGAGAUCGUGGAUUUUUGUCACGUUAUCCUCCGUGGUAGCAGUUUUCGGGGUACCUGGGCGUGGUUCAUCAAAAACCGACGUGCGACCACGUUGAAACUCGUUAAAUCAAUUUUUGACGGUCGCCAUAGAAGAAGAGUCACCGUAUACAGCAUCCAAGCGCUCUUUGAUUUCGCUGCACGAUUUCCCUUCCAAAAACGAGAAUCGAAUCACCGAACACCGAUAUUACUCUUUUUCCAUUUUUCUAAAAUCCGCGGACACGCCCGCUUCCACACACGGUCAAAACAAAACUACGAGUCCGAUUCGGCUGAUUCGACAAUUCGACUAGAAAGUAAUCCUGUUGGCUACAUGGCCUUUUCGAUAGCCACCUAACAGGUGCCAACAUCACACUCCAUGCUGACCAAACGAAGAGAUCCAUGCGCAAUAACUAUUGUCCAAAAUACACCCUGAUGCAACGCGAUAAGUGACGACGGAAAAACACCACACCAAUUUCAUUGAUCCUUUCAUUUCUCGCAUAAAUCGAAGGCAGAUGAAUCAAAACAACACCGGAGGGUGGCUAUCAGUUUACUAUCAUUCACUUCACAGCAAUUCCACAAUUCAGUCUCGCAAUUUUUACAAUACACAAUUACAUUACCACAAUUCAUCGUACAUUUCAUUUCUACAUAUAAAUAUAUUUAGAAUAAAACAUAUUUUCAUUUUACAGCUAUCAAAUAUAUACCAUACAACUGACCAGUGUUGAAACAAAUCAUCUUCGCUAAGCUCAAAUGCAAUUUCGGGCUAGGUUGCAUCGAAAACCUAUAUAUUCCAAACGAAAAUCAAAAUGACAGACAGUGAAUAUGGACAAAUGAACUUUUGUUCUUCAAUAUGUUUUGAAGUUUAUUUUUACACCCAGUGUCAUUUUCGUCUUGAAUAUUGAUCACGUCAGAAUUGAAUUUCAUUUUAGCCGAAUGAAUAUCAGCUGUUGUAUACAUACAACCUUAGGCUGCUGUGUGCGGUUGGUUUUUAUUUAGUUCAGACUUUUAUUGUACUGCUGUAUAAGUCCUUCUCAACCUACACAGACAAAAGAAGAUAUAUCAUAAUCCAUUGGACCAUCGAGUCUAGAAGCAAUUGUUUCAUUGAAUUCUGGCGUUUUUAUCUCUAAUAAGGUCCAGCCUGACAAAAUUUUCAUUUUUGAGUUUUGACUCAAAUUCACUGCCAGAACGAAUAUCGCUUCGAAUGUGAUGAAUAUCAAUUUGUUGCGUUUGAUAUUCAAAAUAUAAAUAACUGCGAAGAUUUGAACCCCACUCAAUACCACAUUCAUUCGUUACAGCAAAUUUGUUCAUGCAUCAGCGAUAUGAACAAAAUGAACUCGUUUGUUAUAGUCAUCAAUAUAAUGAGGGCAGUAUGUUUCAAGCUGAGAAAAAGUCAUUUACACUGAAACAAAAUCAUAUUCGUUACUCGUGAAUAUUUGUUGAUAUUCUAAGACACUGCAACUGACACAAUCAUCUUGAUGAUAAAGUUUUUCUGCGGUGGACCAAGCUAGAAUGAUCUGCAUUUUUCCCAUCCGCUGCUCUCAAGGUGAAGGUGGAAGCUAGUCAUUGUAGUAGUAUAGGUAAAACCACGUGUAAAAAUGGGGUAAUAGUGUUUGUGAGAGAAGAGCAAUUUGUAUCGUUUGUGUUGAUUUUUGUACGUAAAUAGAUCAAUUCACUAAUCAGACUGUGUGGCGCUUCACUGACACGAGUAUUAGAAUACAUUUGAAAAAAUAACAAUUCAAUACUAAAGUAAAAUGUAUGAACGAUAUGUUCCAAUGACCAAUUACAAAUAUAAAUAUAUAAAGAAGGUAUAUUUGCAUAUGAAGUAAAAUUCUGAUUAUGCGUGCGUAACAUGAGCAAAUUUAUAACACAUGCGAAUUGGGGCUCUUUUGUUAUUAACAAGUUCUUCCGCACAGUAACUCGAUGUUGAUAAUUCCUUAAUAUUUUCCUUCGUUGAUCGUAUUGUUUUCACAUAUUCACGUUGGAGAGCCUUAACCCUUCUCUUCGUUGGCCGAGGCAUUUUGAUUGAAUGUAAUACUUUUCCGUUUACUAUUUUUGAAAGCAUAGGCAGCCGUGGCAGUGUUCCGAGGUCUGCAAUAUAAUUUUAUUAGCCAAUGUUAAAGUUGUUAAAACUUACAUUAUAGACCCAUUAAACGUAAAAAUAAUAAUUGUAUUAAUAUCAACACAAUUUUAUUUUAUUGAUUUUCAUGACAUGAAAAACUAUGACUCAGGAAUAACAUUUUAUUGAGUGGUUUUUAUAGCUGUUUCGAUGAAGUUGUUUGGCAUCAGUAUCGAAAAAAUAACGAUGCUUUCACAAACAAAACCAUUACAGAAAACUGAAAAAUGAAAAUUUAAUUUUCAGAGCACUAACUCGAGUUUUCCGACGUUUUUCACUAUACAGUGCGACGGCAGAUGAAAAUUUAAUAUAUUGUGAGUAAUCGAUUCGACUUUGGUUGAUAUUAUUUGAUGGGAAGUGUGCGAAAACGAUAAUUUUCUUCACACUGUUUCGCAAAAUUAUUGAUUUUCGGUCGAGGGGUAAGAGAGGGAGAUGAAAGAAAUGAGCGCCAUUGUGGCAGCCAUUUGUGGCUUCCUUCCACCUUCACCUUAACCGAAUUAGCUUCGGCUGUGGACCAUAUUUGAACAAAUAAAAGUGAAUUAUUCAGAAAAAAAAACCUUCAAAUCGGUAAAUACGGCCUAGCUCCUAUCCGAUAGAGCAUUAAGAAAAA